CCGGUGGGUUCGCCCGCUAAUUGGGCGAAGUUACAUUAAAGUAUCGGUGAAUUGUACCUAAAAUCGCUGCCGAUUGACUGCGACCAAUUAAGCGGUCGAAGCUCGUAAGAAACGAAGAGCUCCAUACCAACCGCGCUGCUUCGUCGGUCAAGACUGUCGGCCUCGUCGCCUCGUGUGUGUGCGUAUAUAGAAAAGGGCUUCCCCACUACCACCCCCCCAACUCCUCCUCCCAAUCCUUUCUCGCUGGCUUCCUGCUUAGCUUCUUCUGCACGCUCCUCUACUGUACAUAGGACGCGACGGAGCUGUGGGACACGGAAGGGAGAGGAGAGGUGAAGGGAUGGAGGGCAUGGAGAGGGCGUGGGACUCCGGGCGGCGGGCGAGCAGGAGCCUGAGCCGGAGCAUCAGCAGGGGGAUGGGCAUGGGGAACUGGGGGAUGGAGGACGUGUUCGCGCGGUCGAGCACGCGGGGGAGGUCGUGGGGUAGCCGGAGCGGGGUGGACGACGACGAGGAGGCGCUGCGGUGGGCCGCGCUGGAGAAGCUCCCCACCUACAGCCGCCUGCGCACCGGGAUCCUCCGGUCGGUGGUGGCGGAAGGGGAGCAGGGGCGGCGGCAGUACCAGCACAAGGAGGUGGACGUGCGCAAGCUGGGCGUCAACGAGCGCCAGGAGUUCAUCGAGCGUGUCUUCAAGGUCGCCGAGGAGGACAACGAGCGCUUCCUCAAGAAGCUCCGCAACCGAAUCGACAAGGUUGGCAUCCAAUUACCAACGGUGGAGGUGAGGUUCGAGCAUCUGAACGUGGAAGCCAAAUGCCAUGUGGGGAACAGGGCUCUGCCGUCGCUGGCGAACACGGCCAGGGACAUCGCCGAGUCGGCCGUCGGCCUCUUGGGAAUCAACCUCACCAAGAGAACCUCUCUCACCAUCCUCAAAGAUAUCUCGGGAAUCAUACAACCCUCGAGGAUGACACUUCUAUUAGGCCCUCCGUCAUCUGGGAAGACCACCCUUUUGUUAGCUUUAGCUGGAAAACUAGACCCAACUUUGAAGACCAGAGGAGAGAUAUCAUACAAUGGAUACAGGUUGGAGGAGUUCGUGCCUCAGAAAACUGCAGCUUACAUUAGCCAGAAUGAUGUUCAUGUGGGCGAGAUGACAGUCAAAGAAACAUUCGACUUCUCUGCGAGGUGUCAAGGCGUAGGAUCUCGAUACGAUCUUCUGACGGAGCUGGCGAGGAGGGAGAAGGAAGGAGGAAUUCUGCCAGAAGCUGAAGUGGAUCUGUUCAUGAAGGCCACAGCAAUCGAAGGGGUGAAGAGCAGUCUGCAAACGGACUACACGCUCAGGAUACUUGGGCUGGACAUUUGCGCCGAUACAAUUGUGGGCGAUGAGAUGCAGAGAGGGAUCUCCGGAGGUCAAAGGAAGCGCGUCACCACAGGUGAGAUGAUCGUCGGGCCGACCAAAGUGCUGUUCAUGGACGAAAUAUCGACCGGCCUCGACAGCUCCACCACCUUCCAGAUCGUGAAAUGCCUGCAGCAGAUCGUCCACCUGGGUGAGGCCACCAUCCUCAUGUCCCUCCUCCAGCCGGCGCCCGAGACCUUCGAGCUCUUCGACGACAUCAUCCUCCUCUCCGAGGGCCAGAUCGUGUACCAGGGCCCCCGCGAGUUUGUCCUCGAGUUCUUCGAGGCCUGCGGCUUCCGCUGCCCCGAGCGCAAAGGCACCGCCGACUUCUUGCAGGAGGUCACGUCGAGGAAGGACCAGGAGCAGUACUGGGCGGACAAGGAAAGGCCGUACCGCUACAUCUCCGUCUCCGAGUUCGCGCAGUGCUUCAAGCGAUUCCACGUCGGUCUUCGUCUGGAGAACGAGCUCUCCGUCCCCUUCGACAAGUCGCAGAGCCACAAGGCCGCCUUGGUCUUCUCCAAGAAGUCUGUUUCCACCUCCGAGCUCCUCAAGGCCUCGUUUGCCAAGGAAUGGCUCCUCAUCAAGCGCAACUCCUUCGUCUACAUCUUCAAGACCGUUCAGAUUGUCAUGGUGGCGCUCAUAGCGUCAACCGUGUUUCUGAGGACUCGCAUGCACACGAGGAACGAGGACGACGGCGUCAUCUACAUUGGAGCGCUCCUCUUCGGGUUGAUCGUGAACGUCUUCAAUGGUUUCGCGGAGCUGUCCAUCGCCAUCUCGCGACUCCCGGUGUUCUACAAGCACAGGGACCUGCUCUUCUAUCCGGCAUGGAUAUUCACCUUGCCCAACUUUCUCCUCCGGAUUCCCAUAUCGAUCUUGGAAACCGUGGUUUGGACUGUCAUGACCUACUACACCAUAGGCUAUGCUCCGGAGGCCAGCAGGUUCUUCAAGCAGCUGGUGCUGGUGUUCCUGAUCCAGCAGAUGGCGGCAGGGCUGUUCAGAACUGUCGCGGGUCUUUGUAGGUCCAUGAUCAUCUCCAACACCGGUGGGGCUCUGUCCGUGCUCAUCAUCUUUGUUCUUGGAGGCUUCAUUCUACCCAAAGAUGUGAUUCCGAAAUGGUGGAUAUGGGGCUUCUGGAUUUCGCCGCUUACCUACGGAUACAAUGCUUUAGCGGUGAACGAGUUUUUGGCUCCGAGGUGGAUGAACAAACCGUCAUCAGAUGAUCGACCAUUAGGAAGGGCAAUCCUCGAAAACGCUAAUGUCUUCCCGGAGGCUAGAUGGUAUUGGAUUGGUGCCGGUGCGCUUCUGGGAUUCAGCAUCCUCUUCAAUUUGCUUUUCACCUUCUUCCUCAUGUAUCUGAAUCCUAUCGGAAAACCGCAAGCUGUUAUAUCUGAAGAAACAGCAGCAGAGAUGGAGGAAAACCGAGACGAGACAAGAGAGUCGCCGAGAAUCAGGAGGGCGGCCUCCGAGAACGAUUCUUUACCUCGGGAGCUGUCGAAGAGGGACGGAAACAAUGCCAGAGAAAUGAUGGCGCUGCGGAUGAGCCCCAGCGGGACGAACAGGCUCAACCGUGACAUGUCCAUCGAUGAGGCCGCCACCGGCGUUGCUCCCAAAAGAGGAAUGGUUCUUCCGUUCACGCCUCUGGCCAUGUCCUUUGAUGAAGUCAGUUACUAUGUGGACAUGCCUGCGGAAAUGAAAGAUCAAGGAGUCACAGAAGAUAGGCUCCAGCUCCUAAGGAACGUAACAGGGGCGUUCCGGCCGGGCGUCCUCACAGCCCUCAUGGGCGUGAGUGGGGCUGGGAAAACCACCCUCAUGGAUGUUUUGGCUGGCAGAAAAACCGGUGGCUACGUCGAGGGAGAUAUCCGCAUCUCCGGCUAUCCCAAGAACCAAGAGACUUUCGCAAGGAUUUCCGGGUAUUGUGAGCAGAACGAUAUCCACUCACCUCAGGUCACCGUCCGGGAGUCCUUGAUAUACUCUGCUUUCCUCCGUCUCCCCAAGGAAGUCAGCGACGGAGAAAAGCUGAAAUUUGUUGAUGAGGUGAUGGAGCUGGUGGAGCUCGACAACCUGAGAGACGCCAUAGUGGGACUGCCGGGCAUCACAGGGCUGUCCACGGAACAAAGGAAGAGACUGACGAUUGCCGUGGAACUCGUUGCUAAUCCCUCGAUCAUCUUCAUGGACGAACCAACCUCAGGCCUCGAUGCAAGAGCAGCCGCCAUCGUCAUGAGAACCGUGAGGAACACAGUCGACACCGGAAGAACUGUUGUUUGUACGAUCCACCAGCCAAGCAUCGACAUAUUCGAGGCCUUCGAUGAGCUGCUGCUCAUGAAAAGAGGCGGCCAAGUGAUCUACUCUGGACCAUUGGGAAGAAACUCUCACAAGAUAAUCGAAUACUUCGAGGCGAUUCCUGGAGUUCCAAAGAUCAAGGACAAGUACAAUCCUGCGACAUGGAUGCUGGAAGUCAGUUCGGUUGCAGCUGAAGUACGUCUACAGAUGGACUUCGCCGAGUACUACAAAUCAUCAGCUCUCUACCAGCGCAACAAAGCAUUGGUUGGUGAGCUCAGUAAUCCGGCAUCAGGAACAAAUGAUCUCUACUUCCCCACGCAGUUCUCCGAGUCUUCUUGGGGGCAGUUCAAGGCCUGCCUCUGGAAGCAAUGGUGGACCUACUGGAGGAGCCCUGAUUACAACCUGGUCAGAUUUUUCUUCACCUUGGUCACUGCUCUGUUGCUAGGCUCCAUAUUUUGGAGAAUUGGCCAUAAGAGUGGAAGUGCAAACAAUCUCAGGAUCGUCAUCGGGGCGAUGUAUGCGGCGGUCUUGUUCGUCGGCGUCAACAACUGCUCGACGGUGCAACCACUGGUAGCGAUCGAGAGGACGGUGUUCUACCGAGAAAGGGCUGCUGGAAUGUACUCCGCUUUACCGUAUGCCAUGGCUCAGGUGCUCGUGGAAAUCCCGUACGUGGUGAUUCAGGCAGCGUACUACUCGCUCAUCGUCUACUCCAUGAUGAGCUUCCAGUGGACAGCGGCAAAAUUCUUUUGGUUCUACUUCAUCUCCCUCUUCUCCUUCCUUUACUUCACUUACUAUGGCAUGAUGACCGUGUCACUGUCACCGAACCAUCAAGUUGCUGCGAUCUUUGCCUCCACCUUCUACUCCGUCUUUAACCUCUUCUCAGGCUUCUUCAUCCCCAGACCGAGGAUUCCCAAAUGGUGGGUGUGGUACUACUGGAUUUGCCCAUUGCAAUGGACGGUGUACGGUCUCAUAGUAACACAGUACGGGGAUUUAGAGAGCUACAUCAGUGUGCCUGGCUCGGAAACCCCAAUAAGGACCAAGGACUACGUGAAGGACCAUUUUGGAUACCACACUGACUUCAUGCCCGUGGUGGCCAUCGUGCUGGUCGGCUUUGCUCUCUUCUUUGCUUUCAUGUUUGCUUACUGCAUCAAGAAGCUCAACUUCCAGCAGAGGUAGGCGGAGAGAGGGGUGGUGAUGAUGAGUCCCCAUCGCUUCAGCACAGAGAGAGAGAGAGAGAGAGAGGUCGGUCCAAAGCGGCUUCUCGGAUUUUGUAGGUUAAGGUUUCCUUGCGCUAUUCAUACGUGUUCUAAUAUUCGACUGGGAGGACGAUUGAUUUAGUUGUAAAUAUAGUGAUGAUUGUAUGAAGCAAGUUGUAUUGAUUUAAUGAGUGAAAGUAUUGACUUCA